CUCGUCGAUAACGUAAACGCUGAACCGUAAACAAUAAACAUUAAAAUCUCGAAAUCUGGCAGUUCUAGCUGCAACCGUAUUUCGUUGUUUGUGAACUAACCUACGUUAACUACGAUCUUGCAUUUUAAAUUUGAUGAUGUGCGUUACAAAACAGCUUUGAAACAUCUAUACACAGAUUAUAUAUAUAUUCUGUUCCAUUUGAAUAUAGAAUAAUUAUCAACAUCAAUAUGGGAAGCAGAUUUGAGGGUUUCGAUGGAUGUUUUAGCAUGUAUAUUAAUGAUACAGUUGCAUUACAAUGUUUACGAAACACAAAUGAUAGACGUAUACUACUUGAUACUAAAAUUGCAAAAGGAACAGCAACUAGACUUGACAUGAUGUCUCAAUUAAACACCGAAUUGCAAAUAUUUGAUGUUUUCCUCAAGAAUGUUGAAAGUAAAAAGAAAGCAAAAGAUUGUUGUGCAAUGAUCAAUAUUGUUAUUUCCAAUUUAACUAAACGUAUCAACAACAUGUGGAACACAAUUUUUUUAUUUUUCACGAUUAAUGGUGAAGUUGAUACAAAAUUUAUUGAAGUUUCGAAAAGCAUUAUAACGACUAGAUGCACCAACUGCAGGAGUUGUGAUGUAACAAUUGAAAGUAUCAUGAGAAACAUAGAGAUACUUUCAAUUCAAGAAGAUAGAAUUUUUAAUUUUUCUUCGUCUGAUUUUAUCAAAAUCCUUCAAACAACAGCGUUUGUAGAUAAAACGUUGAUGAUAAAAGAAGUUUUUUGUCACAAAGGAACAAAAGGAAUAGUUAUCACGGCUCCUCGCAAGUAUGGAAAAUCAACAAAUUUAACUAUGCUUAAAUACUUCUUGGAAAUUCAGGUAGACUCUCUGGGAAAGCCACUUACAAAGGCAAAGGCUAAUAAACCAAUUACAGACACAUCCAACUAUGAAUGCUUUAAAACCCUUAAUAUUAGUAAAGAAUCUUCUAUGAUGGAUAACCAUUUUGGUAAAUACCCUAUUUUAUACGUGAAUUGUGAUGUAGAAAAUGAUAUCAAAUCGUACGAUUGUGUUGUUGAUGGAUGUAAAGAAAUAAUUCACAAAUCCUUUCUAUUACAUAAUUAUUUACAAAAAAGUUCUAAACUGAGUAUUCAACAAAGGAAAUUAUGUAAAUUAUGGUGUGAUGAUGCAAGUUACAAAAAUCUUAAGAAGAAUGAAGACAUUUCAUCUGGUCUUAAAUUAUUGUGUACAUAUUUAACAGUUCAUUAUGAUAAGGCAUGUAUUGUUUUAAUUGAUGAACUCGACUUUUUUACACAGACAGUUACAAUAACGGAGACUUUGUUGAAAGAUUAUAAACUUAUUAUUUUGUUUUUGAGGAAAUUUUUAUCAUUUUUAAAAAACAAUAAUUUAGUUGUUAAAGCAAUUGCAACCGGAAAGUCUGGGUAUGCUAUUCAUAGCAUAGUGCCUACAUGUCUACAAAUACAACCGUUCUAUAAUUUUCAUAAGUUUACUGAUUUUUAUGGAUUAACUGAUAAUGAGUUGGAAUAUCUUUUCAACAAACCGGAAUUUAAACAUGUUUCAAUAACAAUAAAAGAAGUAAAAGAUUAUUAUGGUUCAUAUAAUAAAAUUGAUCAACUUACAAAAACGAAGAAUCAAAUUUACUGCAUAUGGUCAAUUUUAAAUGUUUUAAAAUGUAAAAGACUUGACAACUAUUGGCGAGACUUUGGAAAUGUUUUUUGUAAUUUUUCGAAUCCAACUAUUAAAGAUGUAAUGCAAAAAUUACUAAUUGAUGAACGUGUGAUGGUUGUGUUAUACCAUAAAGCACCAAGAAAAACUUAUCCAACCCCUCCUCCACUUAUUGCAGCAUCUGGAACCCCUACUAAGAAAUCAUUAGAUUAUUUUUUCAAUCUCAUGUUGGACUUAGGAUAUUUGACUCGUAAUUCAACUUCAAUAAUGGUUUUAGACAUAUUCAAUAAUACAGGCAGUUGUAUGGGGUAUGUAACAAUACCAAAUCAGGAAGUUGGACAUGAUAUUGAAAAAAAAAUAUCAUUGUUAUCUUAAAAGUCAUACUUUGUUAUUUAAUCUAAUAAUGUAGGUUUAUGUAAAUAAUAUUUUUGACAUUUUUUAAUAUUUUUUUUCUUUAAGAUGUAUGUCUAGCCAAAUAUGAAGAUUUUGUUUUUAUACUUAAUAACUCCAUUGAAUAUUUUUAAGUAAUGAAUUGUGUGUUAAAAUGAAUUUAAACUACACAUUAACAUUUGAAUGGAUUCAACUGUACAAUUAUUGUUAUAUGUAAUUUUUAUAUAUACCGUG